AUGGGAGUCCUGUUUAUGCUCAGGGUGGCUGUGGGCAUAUGCUAUGCCACUUUCAGUGCCUCUGCCUGGUCAGUGAACAAUUUCCUGAUAACAGGUCCCAAGGCCUAUCUGACCUACACUACCAGUGUGGCGCUGGGUGCCCAGAGUGGCAUUGAAGAGUGUAAGUUCCAAUUUGCUUGGGAACGCUGGAACUGCCCUGAAAAUGCUCUCCAGCUCUCUACUCACAACAGGCUGAGAGGUGCCACCAGGGAGACUUCAUUCAUUCAUGCUAUCAGCUCUGCGGGAGUCAUGCACACCAUCACCAAGAACUGUAGCAUGGGCGACUUUGAAAGCUGUGGCUGUGAUGAGUCAAAAAAUGGAAAAACAGGAGGCCAUGGCUGGAUCUGGGGAGGCUGCAGCGACAAUGUGGAAUUUGGGGAAAGGAUUUCCAAACUCUUUGUGGACAGCCUGGAGAAGGGAAAGGAUGCCAGAGCCCUGAUGAAUCUUCACAACAACAGGGCAGGCAGGCUGGCCGUAAGAGCCACCAUGAAAAGGACCUGCAAAUGCCAUGGCAUCUCAGGGAGCUGCAGCAUCCAGACAUGCUGGAUGCAGCUGGCUGACUUACGGGAGAUAGGAGACUUCCUAAAAGCCAAGUAUGAUCAAGCACUGAAAAUUGAGAUGGAUAAGCGGCAGCUAAGAGCUGGGAACAGUGCCGAGGGCCACUGGACACCCAGAGAAGCCUUCCUUCCCAGUGCAGAGGCUGAACUGAUCUUUUUAGAAGAAUCACCAAAUUACUGUAUCCACAAUUCCAGCCUGGGCAUCUUGGGCACAGAGGGUCGGGAAUGUUUGCAGAACAGCCACAACACAUCCAGGUGGGAUCGACACAGCUGCAGGCGCCUGUGCACUGAGUGUGGCCUGCAGGUGGAAGGGAGGAGAACUGAGGCCAUCAGCAGCUGUAACUGCAAAUUCCAGUGGUGCUGUAUAGUCAAGUGUGACCAGUGUAAGCAUGUGGUGAACAAGUACUAUUGCACCCGCUCCCUAGGCAGUGCUUGGUCUCGAGGCAAGGGCAGCACAUGAUAACACUCCACACAAACUUACUUGUCCAGUUGAAUGACAAUGGAGGGGGACAGAGCUUCUCCCUUGGACAGAGUAUAUUGGAAAAUCACAGGGUUGGUCUUGAUAUCUGCAAUACAUGGGAAAAUUGAGGCUGAAGAUUAUACAGCAUACUCUUAACAGAGUAUGAAAUUGGAGCCUGGGCCUCCUAAUUGUAUCUUCCCACAAGUUACUUCCUGGUUUUUGUACCUGUACUUUUGGAGGUUAUUUGGUUUGGGAUCCAUAUCCAGAGGGACCUUCAAAGUAAUGUUUCCCUGUAAGUUUCAGAACACGUUCAACCUAGCUGUGCCGCUGAGAAUCAGAGGGAAUGGAAGCAGAAAGUGACAGAGUUCUGUCCAGGCUCCUGAAGGAGCAACCUUCCCCUACUCUGACUAGCUCCAAAAAGACCAGCUACAAGUUUAUGCAGAUGAAUGCAGCAGA